AGAGAGCUGUGUGUCCUGUCUGUGAGUUUUCUCUCCACCAGGGUCACAAGGUGGUUCCUGUAGAACAAGCAGUCAGUGAGCUGAAGGACCUGCUGAAAUCUGACUUAGAGUCUCUGCAGGACAAGAGGGACAAAUACAAAGGAGUGGAGACAACAUACAAGGAAGUGAUUCAAGUGUCCGAGAAGCAGCUGCUGUCCACAGAGAGGCAGAUCAGAGCAGAGUUCAUCAAGCUCCAUCAGUUCCUGAAAGAGGAAGAGGAGUCCAGACUGGCAGCUCUGAGGGAGGAAGAGGAGCAGAAAGGGAAAGACUAUCAGCAGAGAGAUGAAGAGCAUUCAGGAGCACAUCUCCUCUCUGUCACACAGUAUCUCUGCUGUUGAAGAAGAGCUGCAGAAACUCAACGUGCCCUUCCUCAGCAGUUAUAAAGCCACUCAGAGCAGAGCCAGAGUCCAGAGCUCACUGUCAGACCCACAGCUGCUCUCAGGAGCGCUGACAGAUGUGGCCAAACACCUGGGCAACCUGUCCUUCAGAGUCUGGGAGAAGAUGAAGGACCAGGUCCACUUCAGUCCUGUCCUUCUGGACCCAAACACUGCAUACAGCUGGCUCUCUCUGUCUGAUGAUCUGAUCAGUGUGAGACAUGGAGACAAAGUUCAGCAGCUUCCUGAUAAUCCAGAGAGAUGCACUCAGUAUGCUACUGUUCUGGGCUCUGAGGGCUUCAGCUCAGGGAAACACAGCUGGGAGGUGGAGGUGGGAGAUCAUCCUCACUGGAUUAUAGGUUUGACUAAAGAGUCAGUUGACAGGAAGGGAGAGAUACCAGGUGCCUCUCCAAAAUAUGGAAUCUGGUGUUUAGCACAUAGCAGUGGAAGAUACACUAAUGGUGAUGGUGAGACUGUCAGAGUGGAGAAGAAUCCCCAGAGGAUCAGAGUCCAGCUGGACUAUGACAGGGGGGAGGUGUGCUUCUACGACCCUGAACACAUGACUCCCAUCUGCACUCACAGAGACACUUUCACUGAGAAACUCUUCCCAUGGUUCAGUAUUGGAGAAGCUGGUGAUGCUAAAACUGCUGAUAUCAAAAUCUGUGAGUGAGAUUCCUCUGUGAUGCUCAGGAGUGUUGGUUCAGACUUUAUUCUGACUUCACUCUCCGUCUACAUCUCUUUGGAACAUUCAAGAACAUAAUCAACAGAUGAUGAGAUAUUAAUCUUUGCAUGACAUUUUUACGCAUUAUAAUCAAAGAGUCAGUCAAAGACAAACAAACAACUUGAUUGUUUAUUGAGUUUAUUUUGCAUCAAACUUUAUUACAGUGUGUUUAUAGUUUUCAUUUGACUCAUUUAAUGAUCGAUGAAUGUUCACAUUUUUAAUCCAAGAAUCUUUAAAUGGAUGAAUUUAUUUUCUGUUUUUCUUUGUAAUGGAUGAAAUGAGAAUGUUUGAUUAAGUUUUGUGUGAAUUCUUGAAGAAAUGUAAGAAGUCUGUAUAUCGUGCUGAAACUUCAUGACAUCAACCAAACUAAGAAUCAAAGCUGUCAGUUCUCCUUUGAUCUAGUUUCGAGUCAAACAUCACGUUAUAGCAGUAUACGUUAUCAGUUUAACUUCUAACUUCUCUUUCACUCGACCUCUCCUACUCCCAACUCUAUGUCAGUAGAAGAGCUGGUCUGUUGCCUGUGUUAUUAAAGUGACCGUUUACCGAACCCUUUGUGUACAUUGCUAAGCUAAUUUGACCUGUCUCGAGGACACGCUUUGUUUAGGAGUGAGAAACCCUCUUUUUGUUUGAACCUGUUCUUUUUGUUUACUGAUAAGAGUAGGUGAGACGCCUGUACUUUAUUCCUUUUGGUUAGGCAAGUUUUAGAAAAAUGUUAUUGCUGCGCCUAGGUUCCCCUAGACCUGGGCCUAACAUACAUUUCUAAUUCACCUAAAGGUAAUUAUAGCUGUACAAGUAAGUGUAGUAUUUGUAGAUAUCUUGUGUUUAAAUAAGCAGCAGUUUAAUUCAGAAAUGUGUCGAUGAGGUUGUUUCUUCACGUACAUCUGUCAAAUAGCCAUGUGACAAAUUACAGAGAAUAUAAAUGAUGACAAUUGUACAAAAAUAAAUAAUCGUAAUGAU